AUGGAGUUUAAAGCUUUUAGAAUAUUGUUGGUUUUCAUGUGUAGUGCUAGAGUAUGUUUUGCAAGGAAGAAUGUUUUAUUCUUGAUGGUAGACGAUUUACGACCACAGAUUGAACCCUAUUCCGGAGAGCACUUCCCUUCAUCUGUCAGCCCGCCCAUGAUUACUUCAAACCUUACAGCCCUAGCGAGCAAAAGUCUACUUUUACAGCGUGCGUAUGUUCAACAGGCUGUGUGUACACCGAGUCGGGCCUCUCUUCUGACAGGUCGUCGACCGGAAACUACUCGCGUUCACAAACUAGAAACCUACUUUAGAGAUGUCGGAGGAAACUUUACAACUAUUCCACAACAUUUCAAACAAAACGGCUAUACUUCUGUGGGAAUAGGUAAAAUAUUUCAUCCCGGAGUGGCAUCAGGAUAUGACGACCCGUUGUCCUGGUCUGAACCAUAUUUCCACGGAGUGUUAAAUCAUGAAGGCAAAACCCGCAUGUGGCGUGCUGUUCCUGAAAAUGAUCUUAAAUCUAAACCACUCAGAGACAGACAAAUAACAGACAAAGCAAUAAGGAAACUUCGCGAUCUUGCACCAAAUGUGCUAUCAGGAGACAAUAAUUUCUUCCUCGCAGUUGGAUUCCACAAACCUCACGAGCCAUUUGUUUUUCCGGAAUCUUUCUUAGACUACUAUCCCGAAGAACUAAUCAAUUUACCGAGCAAUAGAUACGCCCCAAGAAAAAUGCCGGAAGUUGCAUGGAGUAAAUUUAGCGGACUUAGAGAGUACGGUGACAUGGCAGCUGCCAACGCUUCUGGUGAGAUUGGAACCACAUUACCAGACAGUCUUGUUAAGGAACUGAGAAGAGCUUACUAUUGUGCAGUAACAUGGAUUGAUUCACUUGUGGGAGAAAUUCUUAUUGAGUUAGAAACUCUGGGACUUUCAGAUAAUACAAUCAUAUCAUUCAUCGGAGAUCAUGGGUAUCAUCUUGGUGAACAUGGUGAAUGGGGUAAACGAAAUAAUUUUGAAUUAUCUACGCAUGCGCCAAUGAUGAUACGAAUUCCAGGAUUGACCGAUGCUGGUGUACAAUCUGAUCAGCUGGUUGAAUUUGUGGACUUGUUUCCAACUAUCGUUGAGGCUGCAGGCCUUGAUACAGUGCUGCAAUGUCCAGAAGAUUCUAGCGACAUAGAAUUAUGCCAUGAAGGAAUGAGUAUGUUACCCCUAAUUGAAAACCCGAAAGUACCGAUAAAGACAGCCUCUUUCUCGCAAGCAAAAAGUCCAUAUCCGGGCUACGGCAGAUACAUGGGGUAUACAAUGCGAACGGUACGGUACCGUUAUACCGAGUGGCCAAUAUUCCGAGAUGAUCCGUAUUACAUAACCAGGUGGGAUGCAACUCUAGCUGGGGUAGAGCUCUACGAUCAUGAUGACGACCCGGAUGAAAACUUCAACAGAGCUCAUGACAAGGCAUAUCAGUGUAUCCGAGAAGAUUUAAGUAAGAGACUGCGAAGCGGUUGGAGAAACGCUGUCGUGGUCCAGCCAGAAUAA